AUGAUUUUCGAGGGUUUGGGCGGAGAUCCCGCAGAUGCAUGGAAUGCGAUAUUAGAAUGUGUAAAGACAGACGUGCUUGCGAAAGAACUUUUCGAGUACUAUCAGGAGCUAUUGACAGAGGUUGGUGAGACACCCAACCUGUGGACGAUACCGAAGAUAACUGACAGUUAUAGCAUAUAUAUGAUCGAACUAGCUUCAAACUGGGUGAUAAUCCGGUCGCUACGACAGGCCACAGCGCGGGUUUUUCAGUUGCCGCAAUCGUUGCUACUGGAAUUUCGAACAUUUCUGAGAUGCGGUGCAAAUGCAAUCGUUGUGACUGGGAAAGGAGAUAACUUGGCUGAACUUGCCACCCUGGGCGACGAAGCGGGCUUGCUGCACUUUUUUUUGCCCAUGCGACACCCUGUUCAUAACGAAGAACUCCUAUCUCCCUUUUUGGAAGAAAUCGAAGAAGAUAUUGAAUGUGACUCUGCUAUCUGUUUUCACAUACUUGUCCCAAGUUCCAAUUCGGUGGACAGAGUUUUCCUGCGCGAGAAAACUGCCAUGUUGGACUGCGGUGGUGAGAAUCUUCACAUGAUCUUGUGCCGAGAAACUGAUAUACGUCCACCGUCGGAUUCAUCCAAUUUAUUCGCACACGGUCUAUCCUCCGUUGGAGUUUGGCGCAUCACAAGACUAGAGCGUGCAUUGCACUACAUCUUCGCAAACUUGUCAUGUUUGAAGACAAUGUCCUUUGCAAAUUUUUCUAUUCCAGUCAAUUUUCCUCAUACCACUUACUAUCCGCUGAGUUUCUGGAUACUUGCUGCUCCAAGUAUCGUGCAAAAGCCGUGUUUCCAUCCAGGUUCACGCCCGUUUUUCACAUGUGCUUGUGGCCCAUUUCGGGCAACACCUGGCAAUGGUGCUUCAAACACUCGAGGUUCUUGUCAACUAACUGCCAGAAUACUAUUAUGGGAUGCAUUUGUGGUGGACACAGAAGCCAUACUUUCUGUAGACCAAUCCGAGAAAAGAAUUGAAAGGUGA